UUUCUUGAGUCUUCUAAUGCAUUUAAACAUUGGGAUAAACAUGUUUCUGCUUAAAGUGAUUCUUAUUCAUUUGCAUGGGGACUGUGCAGAGGAUUUAGUGUCUCCUCCUCAUGGGGGUCUUCCCUUUUAUCUGACUUCUCAACAAAGCUUGCAGGCCAUUAGCUCACAAUUGUUCUUUUUUUCACGCACAAACUGUGAGGGAAAAAAAGGUCAGCAGAGACGAGCUCUUUCAAACAGGUGUGACUGCUGCAGACAGAAACCUGUAAAGAUAAAGUGCUAACAGGCGCUGACUCAAGGUGAUCCGUUCGGACUGAGCUGCAGCUCAGAACAGGACAGAUUUUUCUCCUGGGAACUCCCCAGCGUCUCUCAACCAGUGUCAGAGCUCAGGGAUUGGUUCACACACUGCGACAGAAGGAAUGCACUGGACUGAGAUGUUUCCUGGCACUAAGAUGUCAUUCUCUCUUGCAGGUACCUGGGUCACAUUUGGAGGACAAAUAACAGACGAGGUUGCAGAGCAGCUAAUGACCAUCGCCUACGAAAGUGGAGUCAACUUGUUCGACACAGCAGAGGUCUAUGCCGGCGGCAGGGCCGAAAUCAUUCUAGGAAACAUUAUCAAGAAGAAAUGCUGGAGGCGAUCAAGCUUCGUCAUCACUACUAAACUUUACUGGGGAGGAAAAGCAGAGACAGAGAGAGGACUAUCAAGGAAACACAUUAUUGAAGGUCUAAAAGGCUCGCUACAGCGGAUGCAGUUGGAAUAUGUUGAUGUAGUGUUUGCAAACCGGCCAGACAGCAAUACUCCUAUGGAGGAGAUCGUUCGAGCUAUGACCUACGUGAUAAACCAAGGCAUGGCCAUGUACUGGGGGACCUCCCGGUGGACAGCCAUGGAGAUCAUGGAGGCGUAUUCUGUGGCCAGGCAGUUUAAUCUGAUCCCUCCAGUGUGUGAGCAGGCGGAGUAUCAUCUCUUCCAGCGCGAGAAAGUUGAGGUGCAGCUGCCUGAGCUUUACCACAAGAUAGGAGUCGGGGCGAUGACAUGGUCACCUCUGGCAUGUGGCAUCAUAACUGGAAAAUAUGAAAACGGCAUCCCUGAAUCUUCAAGGGCCUCCAUGAAGUCUUAUCAGUGGUUAAAGGAGAAAAUAAUAAGUGAAGACGGACGAAAGCAGCAAGCCAAGCUGAAGGAGCUCAACCACAUUGCCGAGAAGCUGGGCUGUACCCUCCCUCAGCUGGCCGUGGCCUGGUGUUUAAGGAAUGAAGGCGUGAGCUCCGUCCUGUUGGGAACAUCAAACCCUGAACAGCUCACUGAAAACCUCGGGGCCAUCCAGGUCCUUCCAAAGAUGACCUCACACGUGGUUUCAGAAAUCGACCACAUCCUGGGCAACAGACCGUACAGUAAGAGGGACUACCGCUCUUAGGCUGGUGGACACCCACGGGGUCAGCUGUACCCUCCCUCGUAAACCUCUCCCACCUUGGACUCUCAGUUUCGACGUUCAUGUCCGCGGUUCUCUCCUUGGACCUCAGCUCACUUCAGCCUGGAACGGACAGCCAUGUGGGGGGGGCGCAUGUACUGUGUCUGUUUGAGACGUCUCUCGCUUCUCCAGCUUCUACACCACCAAGGUCAUCUCAGGUGCAGCCAGCAAGAAAUCUCCUGAAAAUAAAUGGUAUGCAGACCUCA